UUGACCGCUACAGCAUACAAAUUGUGUAAGCUGGGUGGCAGGAACAAAUGUAUAAGUGACCUAGACUUUUCUUUCAAGCAGCCUCCAUGAACAACCUGAAUGACCCCCCCAGGUGGAACAUCCAACCAGACCCCAGGGGAAGGGGGGCGGGGGCCGGUGAUGGGAACCAAUGGAACUACGCCCUGCUGGUACCCAUGCUGGGACUGGCUGCAUUUCGUUGGAUCUGGACCAAGGAGUCUCAGAGGGAGAUCCAGAAUGUCAAAGCCCAGUAUGACAAGGAUGUGUCCACAAUCAAAAGCGAGAUGGAGGCAAGGUACCGGGAGACACUGACAGAGAGGCGCAGGGCAGCGGCUACACUAGAGCUGGAGCUGGAGAAGGAGAGACAGAGGGUCAAAGGCUACAAGCAGGCCCUGGUUUCACAGAGCCAGCAGCUGAUGGAAGAACGGAAACAGUUACAGAAGGAGCGUGAUGCAUUGGAGGAAGAGACGCAAAGGCUGGUGAAGUCCGGCGCUGCAGGGGCUGUGCUGCACCGAGCCCUGCAACGAGAGGACAACUGGUACCAUCGAGCCUCCGCCACUCUGAAGGAGCUAGAGGGUCAGCUUGUGGAGCGCCAGAAUGCGUACUGCUCCCUACUCCAACCUCGAGAGCAACGGCUGGAGAUGGAGAAGAACAUGCUGCUUAAGGUCGUCAGGGAACCCAUCGGGGAAGGACUGGAUCUAGAGUCCGAUCUGAAGGAUAUUUUCAAGAGAGAUAAUUACUGUGCGGACCUGCUAAACAUGGACAAGAGGAAGAAUGGAAGCCUCAUGUGGGUGUACCUCAAGUACUGGCAGCUGCAGGUCACUGUCCAGAAACACAAGAGAGCUGAAGAAGCCAUAUUAGGAGAGAGAAUCCAGUCUCACACAAAGUGACAAAAACACCAAACAGACUUGUUGAAAGUAUAUGGAUCAGGAAUGGAAAAUGCAUGUAUUUUACACUCUGUGUAAUUCUCUUCACUUGUCACACAAGAGGUAACCUCAACAAGAUAAUGUUUAACAUCUGAAAGUUCCUCCCUUAAUCUCAGAGUUUUUAAAAGGUUUAUUUUUUAUUUUAUUUUUGAGCAUGCUGAAAUACAAUAUUACCAUAACUUCAGAAGCCCCAAUGAAGACUCAUUAGUUUAAAUUAAAAAAACAUAUAAUGAUUAAAAUGCACUACGAUCCAUAUCAUACCGAUACCAUAUUGGAUACACAACUGAUGUUCAAUACAUAGAGAUUAAUUUUUUGUAUCCGUUUAGCCCCUCUGAACAUUUUAUUAAUUUAACUCCCAUUCAUUCAAGUGUCAUGAAUUAAUGCUGGAAGCAUAUAUUGUAUGUCUGGACAUUUUUGUUCCUCCAUCUCAGAUAUGAAUUUAAGGCUCCCAAUAACUGUUCACUAUGUGUUGUGAUAAACUUGCAUCUUCAGAAGACUAAUAAUGAAAUUAAAAACUGCUGUGUUGAAUGAAACUGCCAGGAACCAUACAGACAUUAUCAAGAAUAGUUUUUCCAACAAUAUUUUGAUGGAAAAGUCUGUGUUGAAACCGUGCAUUAAUCAUGAUAUCUGUGGUACUUUGUUUUUACCAACACUUUGGUCCAUAACUUGGAGUUUCCUUCCAUAAAUGACAUCGCUCUUACACUCUGAUGUGUAAAGAGCGAUACAUUGAAUAGUGUGUCUGCUUCUAAUCACUGGCUUUACAUUUCUGGUCUUCAUUGCAGGUUUGUGGGAGCUUUUUAACUAUCAGGGAGAGAGGACACUGAAGGUGCAUGUGAAUCUUAAUAAGGGAACAGAGCCCAAAGUAGUGCUCAGUACCAUAAUACCAUACCACAACACUAACCCUGUAAUGAAAGGAUUACCUAAAGCUGUAGCAGUUUACCAAGCCUCUCUACACUGUUUUUUGUUUUUGUUUUUAUCACUAACUUGGUGAAUAAGUGGUGGAUAUAAUGCCAUCAAUUCAAAUGUACUCACUCUAACCACUCUGUGAAAUCCUCCUAAUAAAUUUUUGGUGUAAGAACACA